UUUUGAGUGGUGAUGAAUAUUUUGUUUUUUAUAUUAUUAUUAUUCUUUUAGAUUUUCUAAUGGCUUCGCUAUGGCUCUCUUCUAUGCUGAUGAAACCAAACAUAAACGUGGGAUGGGUGGUGAUGCUUCCUCCAACAACGCUAAAAUCUUCGAAGUUGUGUUGUGUUAAGAACCCCGACAGCGAGGAAUCUUCUGAAGUUAUUAAUUCGAUUGAAGCUAAAAAAACUGUUCCUGUUGAUCGUAUAAAGCUCGCGUUUGAAAAAGCUAAAGCUUAUAAAAAAUCGAUUAAAUCUAACUCUAGUUUGGGAAUUGAGGAAAGUGGUGGUGAGGGAGACAAUUCGGUUAAAGUGAAUCCAAAUGUUGUUGAUGGAGGGAAAAAGGAUAUGCCGGAUAGAUUGAAGAUUGCUAUGGAGAAGGCUAGAAAGUAUAAGCAGAAUAAAGAAGUUGUUGUUAGUGAAACUGAUCAAGGAUUACAGGGAGGGAGUGUGAGGACAUGGGAUGAAAAUAUGAAUGACAAAAGUGUUGGUAAGAAAGUAGAACUGUCUGUUUCAAAGAUGGAUUUUGUGGGGCUUGGUUUUGCGGAUAAGCCGAAGACAAGGGGACUUCCGGCUGGUCUGGUUCCUUUUUCAGACCCCUACUUAGAUGGUGACUUACCUGAGGUGGAGUUUAUCGUCGGAGACUCAACCAAGUUCGAUACAAAAACAAAAGCUCCGCAACGUGAACAGACAUCGCAGCCUGAACAGACAUCGGAAGAUGAGUCAGAUCUGUACAAGCCAAAAGUUUCUACAUGGGGUGUAUUUCCCAGACCUAACAAUAUUUCAAAAACAUUUGGAGGUGGAAGAGUUAUACUUCCUGGAGAAGUUUUAGAGACUGCUGAAGAAAAAGCUACAAAAGAAGAGCGCACAAAGCAAGUGCUUGCUUCUUACAAGAAGAAAUAUGGAUUAAAUAUUGAUCCAAAGUUAAAAGCCGAGUGCCAGGAGGAAUUGAACAAAGGGGACUUGUUAAUGGAUGCGGGAAAACUGAAGGAUGCAUUACCCUACUAUGAGAAGGUUAUUGAUAAACUACCCUUCCAGAGUGAGCUCCACGGAUUAGCAGCCUUACAGUGGUCGAUUUGUCUAGACUCCCUCAGUAGGCACAGUGAAGCUCGAAGUAUGUAUGAAAAGCUUCAAUCUCACCCAAAUGUUCAAGUAAGCAAGAAAGCAAGACAUUUCACGUUCAGUUUUCAGGCUAUGGAAAUGAUGAAGGUGAGGACAGGUUCUUCAAGUUAUUCGAAGAACACAUUCUAUGAGAGUUAUUUCGAUGCCUUUAUUGAAAAGAAAAUAGACUACACCGUUAAAGUUAAAGAUGAAGUGGUUAAAGAAAGUUCAAUGAAUCAGGUUAUUCUGUAUUUUCUUUUUCUAACUUCUCCUAUUUUUGUUGUACUACUUCUUGCAGUUCAGAAAAGAAUAUAAAUUUCUUUAUUUUGUUUGUAUAUAAGUCCUUGAAACACAAGAUAUAGAGUGUAUCCAGUUUGGACAGUUUAAUAGAUAUGUAUAGGUAUUUUUUUUUUUAUAUGACAUAAAAUUGGAUGGAAGAUAGAAGAAUACCGCAGAUACCAUUUCAACCUCUGGCCUGGAAACAGAAAUUGUUGGGAAACAGAAUUUUUUUUGUUAGAUGGAUCCAUGCAGAUUUGAAAGAGGUUAUUUGAAUUUGUGGAAUAGUUUAAGCAUUUGUAAAAGUGUGUGAAGUAUAGAAAUUUUAUGAAGUGUAUCAAUUGUGUAAUACCGGAAUGAAAUAUGACUCGACGACUCUGUUAAUCAAUGUUAA